CAUACUGUAUCGAGUCACUGCCGGAGGAGAAUGAGCCCUAAUUGCAUCGUUGACCUCACGUUCACAGCGAACCACGGACCCACAGCCACGUGCGCCCGGUCCGACCUGCCCCUGCUCCAGCUAAUCAGCGGUGAUGGAGUGGCUCCUCAGGCACAGCCUCUGCAGCAGCGCUGACCAGCAGCUUCCUGCGUCUCUCAGGUCAAAUGAACAAUAAAACAGCGUUUUCUCUCGUUUGUUGCCCUUUGUUUCCUGCUCCAGCGCUUUGGAGUCAUUUGGUGAUACUGCCUCCUGAUAUAAUAACUGCUGUGUGUUAUCGGGCUCCUGAGCAGAGGGCGUCACGGAUGUGCUCUGCACAGUUUGAACUCUGCCUGAAGUCACAUGGUUGAAACUGAAGGCUGGCACCACAUCCUCCCGCCGCAGCCGAGCUGCUGAGCUGAUCACGGGCCACUGUCCCGCUCACGGCUCUGAAUCCGGCUUGAAGCGACAGGAGACGCACGCGUCUCCACCGUCACCGUGUGUUUUGCGCCGCUCAUCCGCCUGCGCCAAAGUGACCGGAGCCGGAGCGCGCGGCCCGAACAGGCGCUGGAGCCGCGCGGCGUCGCGUUGGGGGUGGGAGGACUCAGUGGACGAGCCGCUCGCUGGGAAGUGACAGGCGAGCGUAAUCCGACGGAGAGAGACGCGCUGAGGGCGCGGACGCUCCACUCCUUGACGCACAGCCACGCAGCGGCCAGGAUGCCGGCGGCUACGGCUCCGAUGGCAGACGCUUCACCGAAGCCGAGGGACAGAUCAGCUCGGACCCAGGCCCAGUGUGCUCCCCGGCCGCUGCCGGCGCUGGGAACCCAGAGGAUCAUCCAGGGCAACGGCACCGACGUGGGCACCGUGCUCUCCCUGCAGUGUCCGGACAAACACAAGCUGGUGGGCGGCGAGCUGAAGUGUGUGCUGGCCGUGAACAGCACCCACUGGGUGGGAGAGACCUACUGCAAACCUCUGUCUCUCAUUGAGGACUACGGCUUCCGUGUGGCCGUGUUAGCGUCCAUUGUCAGCUUAGGCGUCAUCUUCAUCAUGUCCGUCGCCUUCAUCACAUGCUGUUUGCUCGACUGCAUAAGAGAGGACGAGAGGAAGAAGCAGCAGAGGGAGUCAGACUUGACGUGUGAGGAGCAGGUCCAGCACCGCGGGGAGAUCGGGUCCCACUACAGUCACAAAGGCAGGAACAACAACAACAACACCCGGGAGAAGAUGGCGCCGGCCGCGUGUGAAGGAGCGCACGGCUGCAGAUGUCAGGGAGACGCUGCAGGGCCUCACUUCACACAUGGCUGCUCCUCACCUGCUGCUCUGCCCGGUCCAGACUACGGCCUGCCCCUGUUACCCAGAAACCCAGAACCUGCACGCCCCGCUCCACUUUCAUACCCAGGACCUUUAUUCUCCUGCCAGACGUCCUUAAUGGGACCUGACCUGCUUCAUGGAGAGCAGCAGAGGCGCUGGUCACAGCAGAACCCGCCACCCACCGACGAGUCCAACGCGAUGAACCCUGUCAAAGAGUUUUCCAUACGGAUUAUAUCAGUGUGAGAACACGCUUCCAGCGUCUCCUUUAUCAGUGGCAACCAUUAACUGGACCCCUGCUGCGUUCAUCUUGUACAGGAUGCAGGAUGAGGCCUCAGUGCCUUGUGUGAACCGUGGUGACGCACUGCCCCCUGCUGGGCGGCCGCAGCCAUUGCAGCUUCAGAGCGCUGCCAUUAAAACACUGGACGGUUGAUGGACUUCAUUAGAGCUAAUUGAGUUAAAGCAGAUGAUUAAGUGAAUCUCAAUGUCUGAUGUGUUUGUGGGGCAAAAUUCACAACUAUUUAAAAGCAGCUAAACCAGCUGGACAGCGUGUGUAAAUAUGCGUCUUUAAGAAAUGCGAAUAAAUCAGAUCUGCUGCUAAA